UUCCGGUUCCGGGUCAGUCAUAUUUUCUGUGUACAUCCAAAACGCCAACGAGAUGCUGGGCCGGUUAACCAGGCUGGGGCCAAUUUUGCCCCGUUUCACAUCUAGUCCGGCGUUUGGGCUCAGGUUGGUCUCCCAGUCCCGCUCAUCGGGCGCCGUGGGCUCGGCCGCCGUGUCGGACCUGCAGCCCGCUGACGUUAAGGACAGUCACGGACACGCCGAGGUCAGCCCGUACGUGAAGAACCCAGAUUACCAUGGAUUCUCUGACGAUCCUGUGGUUGAUUUGUGGAACAUGAGGUUGGCCUUCUUUUUUGGCGUCUCUUUGGCUCUUGUUAUUGGGGGCACCUUUAUCCACUACUUACCAGACCGUGGUUUGCGGCAGUGGGCCAGAAGGGAAGCAGAGAGACUGGUGAAGCACAGAGAAGCAGAGGGUCUUCCUCUUAUAGAUGAGAAUUACUACGACCCAAGCAAGAUCGUGUUGCCUGGAGCAGGAGAAGAAUAAAGAUGUGUAAAAAGGUUCUGUUCAAAUGGGAGCAAUUGUUUUGCUUUGACUGUAAUUUUUAUGUCAAUAUUAUGUAAUAAAUGUCUGCUGUGCCCAUUUGAAAUGUGUGUUUUGUUUUUUGAUUUUUUGUUUUUGACAGCAAGCAUUUGAAACAGCAGCUUAAUUUGAUUAUCAAAUACUGAAUUAAUCUUUUUUUUGUCCCGAACUUAAAUGAAAAAUCCAGUUAGCUAGCUUGUUUUCAGAUAUUUAGUCAGAUUUAACGUAUGCGUUUGGAUUGCUAGAGAGAAUUUACUCAAAUUGACAUAUCUCAUUGUAUUUGAGCAAUCGGAAAUUGGCACAACAGCAAUCUAGUUGGACCUCUGUACAAGUAUGGAAGAAAACCAACAAUAAAAUCAAGAUAUAAUUAAUAUUGUUGCAUGGUUGCUCUUUGAACUUUUAACCUUUUUUGAAAGCCGUUAUCAGCAUUUUGAACAGCAGUAUUGAGGAUAUUAACUCCAUUUCAGUUGUGUUUGAGGGUUCAGUGAAUCAAUAUUUAUUGCGAUUGGACUUUGUUGAAGCUGGUGAGUUUCUUAAUACUGACACAAUCAGUGAAGUCCUUUCUAUUCUAAAUGAUGCCCUAUAACUUUUACAUGAGGUCAGGUCCAUUCUCAGACCCAUCUUAAUUUAACUAUAUUUUCUAUGUGGGCAAAGUAUCCUUAGUUUUGGCUGGAUAUUUUAUCACCGAUUUACUGAUACUGUAAUGUGAUGCAGUCAUUUCAUGUUAAGUGCUUUGUGUCAUUGGACUAGAAAAAUCAUUAAAUUUCAUUUUUGAAGAUG